GUUGAACCCCUUUGUCGCUUUCCAUACCACCCCCAAACUCUCCGUCGCCGUCCCGCUCCCCACUCACCGUCUCCGCCCGCGGCCUCUCCCGGAAUCGGAUCGCGCUGCCCCAUCUUCGGCCUCCGCCUCUUCUUCCGUCCAAGGAACAAUGGCCAGCAAAUCUAGCAGUGAUAGUCGGGAGCCAGUGAAUGAGCAAAUUAUUUUAAACACAUAUGCAAACAUGCGGUCAGAAAUUAACCAGAUCUACUCAAAGAUCACUGAGCUAGAGAUGGAAGUCAGUGAGCACUCUCUUGUAAUAGGUGCCAUACAACCACUUGAUCCAUCACGCCGCUGCUACCGGAUGGUUGGUGGUGUGCUGGUCGAGAGGACAAUCAAGGAAGUCGUGCCUGCUGUGCAGCACAACAAGGAAGGUCUUGAGGAGGUCAUUGCUCGCCUCAACGAGGCACUGGAGAAUAAGAAGAAGGAGAUUUCAGAAUUUGAAUUGAAGUAUAAGAUCAAGAUAAAGAAAGCUGACAGCGAGACCAAGGAGGAUCCCAACCUAAAAGAAGGUUCUGCGCAGGGGGUUCUUGUAGGCCCUGCAAGCUAAUGGAAAGUGCUAGGAAAUCAAGUAUGGAUGUCUUUUUCAUGGCAUGCUAAAUCUGGUUUGUAUUUUCUAGACAGAAGACAUGUUCCUGAGAAGUUUCUGUUGCAUACGAGUCCUGAUGAAUUGUCUGAUGAUAGUAAUGUAGUAAUUCAUGACUUGUGUUUGCUUCUGUGGAAGUAAACCGAUUAAUCUA